UUGAUACUGCCGGACGUAUUGACGGUUGUUUGGAUUCUUUAAAAAUGGAUAAUAUUGACAUGGAUUUGUUAAUAAGUUUGGUGGAAAAUAAGCCUGUACUGUGGGACAAAACCCAAGAGUGCUAUAAAAAUAGACAGUCGAGUUUUGCCGCUUGGAGGGAAAUUUGUCUUGCGCUAAAUGAAGGUUUUGAAACGUUGUCCGAGAAAGAAAAGAACAUCUUUGCUAAAGAGAUUAUUAAAAAAUGGAACAAUGCGAGAGACAACUGGAUGAAAUAUCACAGGAAAGUUAAACAAUAUGAAACCGGCUCUGUCGCUAAAAGUGUACGGAAAUAUAAGUUCUACGAUCAAAUGCUCUUUUUGAGUAAAAUUGCUACGCACCAAACAACGAAAUCAAGUUUUACAUCAGAGAAAAGCAUCACACACUCCCACAAGGAAGAAACUGACUCACAGACCAGCGAUGACUCUGACGCACCAGACAACACUACCACUAGGAUAAAAACGAGCAAGAGAAAGAGACAGAGUAGUGAAGUUGAUCGACAAAAUGCCCUUCCUUUAAUUAAAUCCGUCAAAGAUUGUGAGAGUAAAAGUAUGUGUUUUUUCAAAGGUAUAGCUCCUAUUGUAGACAAGUAUAAUGAUGAUGAUUAUUUAGAAUUUCAAUAUAAAGUCAUUAAAGUUAUGAGAAAUUUAACUCGCAGAAAUCAAGCGUCCAUGCAGCAACAAAAUUACUAUGAUAAUAAUCGAGGCUAUCCUACAACACCCGACUUCAGGAUUCAUGAUUAUCAGCAGAUGCAACCCAUUCCAUCCACAUCCGGGAUGUCCCAAGAGCUACUGCAGCAAGAUGAUUGCAAAUCUAUGAUAAUUAGUCCUGAAUCGCGUUCACAAUCACCUGUUGUUGGUUUAAGUCCUUGAAUUAUUUUUAUG